UGUUCAAAGUCUCUCCAGAAGUCCAAACACGAAGAGUUUCAACAGGCAGCAAUAUGGAACAUCCAGCUUUGGCUCCACAAAGGUCACCUGAAUAUGAGCGAAUGGAACCGUCUCGCGCACUUCAACAACCCGUUUGGGUUCAUGGAAUAUAAAUAUACUGACAUCAAAAAGUCAGUCGAUUUAAUCCCGAAACCCAAGCAUUAUCAGCUUUUACCAGUUCCCACUGGUUCAGUAGAUGGAUGUAUUCGCUGCGCUGUAGUCGGCACCAGUGGCAUCCUCAACGGCUCCAGAAUGGGCAAAGAGAUCGACUCCCAUGAUUACGUUUUUCGAGUGAACGGUGCAGUCACUAAAGGCUUCGAGGAAGACGUCGGAAAUAAAACCUCAGUGUAUGUACACACAUCGUUCGCCUUAACCGCAUCACUUGUAAACCUGGAACAGUAUGGCUUCAAACACAUUCCACAUGAUGAGGGAAUUAUAUAUGUGAUGAUUCCAGAAGGGCAGAGAGAUUUUGAGUGGAUUGAAGGCCUCUUGGAGAAAAAAAAAAUGACAAAUGGAUACUACAAAGGAUACAGACCAAAGACGUACUACAGCAACCACUUCCAAGAGGAUAAAUUUUAUGUGCUUCAUCCUGACUUUCUAAGAUACAUCCGGAACAGGUUUAUGCCAUCUGAAACUCUGAAAAGGUCCUUCUGGCAUAUGUACAGACCCACAAAUGGAGCCAUCACAUUGUUCUUAGCUCUUCACUCCUGUGAUAUAGUGGACGUGUAUGGAUUUAUCACUGCCAACCACAGCAAGUACCCUAACUAUUACUUUGAAAGAACCAGAAAAACUCCAGUUAUUUUUUAUAUCAAUCAUGACUAUAAUGUGGAGAUAAAAACUUGGAAAAAGCUGCACGAUGCUGGAAUCAUCAACCUUUACCAAAGACACAAAGACCUAAACUGACUGUGACUUCAAGAAAUGUUUUGUUCCAAAUUUAUUUUAUUUCUAAAUUUCCAGUACAUUCAUUUAAAUAUUUGUAUAAUGCAUUAAUUUUUUUUUAUAUUAUUAUAUGGGUUUUGUUACAUAAUUAGUGGGUCAUGAAAGAUUUUUCCACAAUGUGGGACAAUUUUAACGUGUUACUUUAGUUGUGAUUUUUUUCCAGUAGAAGACCUAGGAGGUCUAAUGUAAAAAAAAUAUAUAUAUAUAUUUUAAUUGAGAAAGUCUUUGCAUUAUGUGAUUUUAUCCAAAAGACUAACAUUUUGGGCACAAGAGAUCACAUAAUAGGAAUUCUUAAUUACUGUUUGAUUUUAUUUUUCUGUUUUAAGCACUUAUUUUACAUAUUUAUAUAGAAAUCAGAAUAAAUAAAAUUAUCAUAUAAAUAUGACUUAUUUUUUUAAAAGCCUGUGAAACUUCCUACAGUUGAGUAAUUGUGGCUUUCUGCCAGCAGAGGGCAGUAAUAUUUUUUUUCUAUAAAUAACAAGAUGUGUGGAAGCAUGUAAAUAUGUUUGACCUGUUUAAGGAAAUAAUGAACUUGUUGAUUCAUGUCGAUAUGCCAUUACAUGUAAAUUAUGUCCAUAAGGAGAAGCACAUAAACAGUAUCAAUAAUUAGAUAGGUUGUGACAAGUCUGAAAAGGCAUGAAAAUAAUACUGGGACAUUAUUAAAGCUCCAUUUGUUUUGGAUUAAAACUGCACAAGUUACAACCUUGUAUCUCUUGAUGCAUCUAUCUAUCUAUCUAUC